AUGGUGCUGCACAGAUCCAUCCAGGCGGCUCGAACCGGAGAACUUUCCACCCUGAAGGAGCUCGCCUCUUCUGGACACCUUUCUCCUGUGAUCGUGGACGCACAUGGGGCUGGUCCGGUCCACCACGCGGCGAGAUGCGGACAGCUAGAGUGCCUUCAGUAUCUUAUCCUCGAGUUUGGGCUUCAAGGGAAUGCCCAGGCUUUGAAUCUGGCCACGGCGGCCCACGAUGCGGCCGCGACCGGACAUACGAGAGAGCUGAGGUGGCUUAUAGAACGAGGAGGAUGCCAGAUAGAGGACAGAGAUGCAGCAGGAGCCUCGGCCCUGCACCUCUCGGUUCGGUUCGGGUGUGCGGAGGUGACUCAGUGGCUUCUGUCUGUGGGUGCAGCAGCUGAAGCAGAGACCCACUGUGGAGCUUUACCUGUUCACUACGCUGCAGCCAACGGAGACCUCACCUGCUUAAAACUCCUCCUCCAACAGGCUCCCAGGACAGUGAACCGCCAGACUGGGCUGGGGGCCUCUCCGCUGUACCUGGCCUGUCAGGAGGGGCAUCAGUGUCUGGCUCAGUUCCUGGUGGAGGAGUGUGGAGCGAGCGUGAACCUCAGGGCUCAUGAUGGAAUGAGCUGCCUACACGCGGCUGCUCAUCUGGGGCAUCGACACAUCGUGCUGUGGCUGGUGACCCGCACGGACGUGGACCUCUGCGCUCAGGACAGAGAAGGCGCCUCCGCACUGCACUUUGCUGCCAGUAGGGGGCACUAUUGUAUCUUGGAGUUGCUGCUGCAGGUGGGCUCAAAGGUCAUGAGAGAUCACUGGGGAGGAACUCCACUGCACGACGCUGCAGAGAACGGAGAGCUGGAGUGCUGUAAGCUGCUUCUGAGCCACGGAGCUGCAGCCACAGAGAAGGAUGUGGACGGGUUCACAGCUGCAGACCUGGCAGAGUACAACGGCCACGGCGACUGUGCCAAGUACCUGCAUUUCUCAAAGAAUCGUGUCUCGUUUGCUGAUAAUCCCACCGUGGUCAAGGCUCCAUCGGAAGAGGAAGUGAAGUUAAGGCCAGUUUCAGUGCAGCGAAGCAGAGCAGAUUACUACGGCUCCCUUGGAAACUCAUGUGGUAUCAAAAACUCCAUCAACAAAUCCAUGGAUAGUUUAAAGCAACCUGACAGCGAGGACACCCCCCAGGCCAGGUACCCGCAGUCCUCCGCUGGUCCCACCUUGGUUGGAGGAUUACUGAUCGACAAGAGCUUUUCCAAAAAAAUUGAAAAAGUACAAGUCUCCUCAACUGUUAUUAAAAGUUCGGAUCAGCCCAAAGAUGAAGCGAGUGAGAAGGUUGUUCUGGACCUUAAGGGCCCUAAAACAAGCCUUCUGGGCGAAAACAAAAACCUUGCAAAAUCUAUCACGUCCCUCAAGCAAUCUGGGUUAUCAGGAGCUUUCACUGGACAAACUAACAAGAUGGUGGUCCUGCCCACGGAAGAGGCUAACCUCUCUGACAUUGACUACCUGGUGCCCACCCAUGACGAGAGGGGACGUCCCAUCGCAGAGUGGAAGAGGCAGGUGAUGGUACGACAACUGCAGGCGCGACUUCUUGACGAGGAGGACCAGAGGAGGAAGGAAAACGGUAACAAAUUUGCCAAAGUGAGCUGGAGGUACUCCCAGGCCCACAACGCCAUCCUGGGUCCCUCCGGUGAACUUCUCACCGAGGACGACCUUAUUUACCUGGAACAACAAAUUGCCAACGUCUCAAUGCAAAGGAACUGCGCCGGGUAUGAACUGGAGCUAGCGCGGUUAGCCAACGAGCUAAGACACAUCCUCCCCGCCCCCAUUGUCAACAUCACCGUCAACACUCAGUUCCGAAACUUCCCCUGUCAAGUCCCUUUGCCGGUUUGGUGCGGCCGUAUUUCUGGCAUAGUCCAAAGCAUGUCUCUCCUCAUGGCGAAUCUUACCGACCAGCCGUACUGCAAGAUGCCCAACACCGAGCUCGUCACGGUUUUCUCAGAAACUUCAGACAUUCAGCACACGAACAGGGGGAGAAGAGAGAGCAGAGAGCGCGUCGAGGGCGAAAUCCAACAGUUCGGCGUCUCCGUCCGGAAUCUCAAAUCCAAUUUUGAGUCGCAAACCCACGAAGAAGAAGAGAUAGAGGACACAAUGGAACCCCUGCCCAUGAUUGGAAGCGCACUCCUCAACAUGUCUCAAUUCAAAAUCGCCCCGAAGGCUCUUAGUCUGUGCCCAGAAAUUGACCAAAACAGCGACUCCGGCAUCGACCAAGACGACAAUGUCUCGGAUGUGCAGGAGACAAACAGUCUGAGGAAGGAGCGUAUCGUUGUCCUGUUCUUGGGGCAUUGGAAGAAGUCGGCCUACACUGUGACAGAGAAAAACAAGGACGCAGACAGGAAAAACAGUGUGGGGAACUUGGCUGCAGACAAUAAAACUGGUCUGGAUCGAAGAGGAAGCAUCGACAACACACGGAUGAUGAACAGUUCACUCGGACACUUCUUCCAGCAGAGGAGAGCCGUCGACAAGAUGCUCGGCAGCUGGAGGAACAUGAUCUCCAGUGUCCCGUCCAGGCAGAUACGCAGACUUCACAAGCAGCAGGCCCUGUACUCCCCAGAGCAGUUUUUGCCUCGCGUUGAGGGCGUUCCGAUUGAGUACGACAAACUGACCCUGGACCUCUUCAUGCUGGGAUACUUCCACAUCCUGGAGUUAGAGCUGCCAGUGGACGAGCGCAAAAUGAGACACCUUCUCUGCUUCGAGGUGUUCGACCACGUGGGCAGCUUUCCCUGGGAGACGGUCCGGGACUUCCACAAGACUGUCAUUCAGGAGAUAGAAGCCGGGAACAGGGAGUGGAAAGACGGGUUUGAGGACAUUAAAAUCAAGUUCUUUGGAAAUGCAGUGUGUCCUCCUGAGAGUAGCGUAGAGGUGGUCAAACAUACACUUCCAGAGGUCAGACAAGUCCCAAAAGUCAUUGUCCAGACCCCGACACCGGACGAAUCAAUGCUUUACACCGUCUGGACAGUUCAUGUGAUCAGCGGCUACACGGCACAGAGGAGGAACAAUGAGGAUUUCUGCCAGUUCUUCACAUCAGUGACACACUCCCAUUUUCCUGUUGUUAGCAUCUUGGAGGGCCUACGCUCCCUCUGCUCUCACCCCAAACUCAUCGACGUCACUCUGGUCGCAGGAGGCCGGGACUUCCCUUGCCACCGAGGGGUCCUCGCUCUAUGUAGCCCCUACUUUCGCUGCAUGUUUUCUGGGGACUUUGUAGAAAGCAUUGCGGCCCGCGUGGAGCUCCAUGAGCCAGCUGCAAUUUCAAACAAGUUUGGGGAGAUUCACGGCUGUCCCGAAGUGGUAGCCAAAGCGUGGGCCUUCCUGCUGGAGAAUUUUGAAGCGGUUCAACGUGGCGAAGAGUUCCUCACUCUAACCAAAGACAAGCUCACCAAAUGCUUGUCGAAUGAUGGACUGCAAAUUCGGCUCUCCCUUCUUAGUGCGGACUAUCUCAAUGACAACAUGUUGAAGGAGGGUUUGGUGCAGGAAUCUCCCAUCUGCAGAGAAGCUGUGGAAAAUAUUCUCAGAGAGAAAAUGAGUCUGGUCCCUGAACUCACGGACAGAUCCAGUUGUUGCAGUCCUCAGCAGAACCUGCAGGAGGUGCUGUUUGUGAUGGGAGGCCGUGCUCUGGAUGACUCCGAUGAUGAAGAAGACUCUGACUCUGACGAUCGUGACCCGAGACUUGAACGACUUCCACCUAAAAACUGUGCCUUCUACAACACCAAAACAAAGCAGUGGCACCAGCUUCCCAAUUUCCCCAAUCCAAACAAGUGGGGAUACUCCAUGGUAUCGCUAAACAAUGACGUGUAUGUUUCAGGAGGCUCAAGAGGUUCAAAUACCAACACCUGGUCGACUACAGAGACCUGGAAGUAUGUCACAAAAGAAGCAAAGUGGAUUACUGUGGCACCAAUGCAACGGCCUCGAACCAAUCACACCUCAGCUACACUCAACGGAGAAAUCUAUGUCAUUGGAGGAACAACCUCAGAUCGUGUAGAAGUUGAGCAUUACGACCCGUACAGUGACUCCUGGGCCCUGACGUGUCCUGCGCUGAAAUACGUCACAAACUUCACGGCCUCCGCUUGUCAAGGGAAGCUCUAUGUGAUUGGCUCGUGUGCGGUGAAGUACAACGCUCUGACUAUGCAGUGCUACAACCCUGUCAUAGAUAGCUGGAUCCACGUAUGUUCUCCCUUCAUACCAAAGUACCUGUCGUCUCCUCGCUCUGUGUGUAUGGAUGGGGUUAUUUAUCUGGUGGCUGACAACACAAAGAAAGUCUACUCCUAUGACCCUGAGGCAAACAUGUGGCAGAAGGUCCAACUCCUCCAAAUGCUUCAUGAGAACGGUGGCUUGGUGGCACUGAGUGGUAAAAUCUAUGUAACAGGAGGACAUUGGAAGGGCAUGGAGGGGGACUAUGGGGUGGAAAUGGAGGUGUACAGCCGCGCCUCGAACUCUUGGGACAUUGAGGGCACUCUUCCCAGAAUGUGGUUCUACACUGGACUCAGCACCAUCUUCCUAGACCCGUCCCAAUGGCCUGACGUCUACCCCGCUGAAGCAACAUAG